UUUGUAUUUCAGGGGGUCCCCCUGUGUUUUCAGCACUGCAGCUCAGCAGAGAAGUACAGGAGACGAGUGUGGCCCAGAAGAUCCUCGGGAUGAGCCCAAGCAUCCUCUUUCUGACUGCGCCUUGGAGCACAAAGCCAUCAAAUUGGAAGAACAAGUCCGGGAUUUAACUGAGCGAUACCGGAAAGCCUUGGCAGAUUCCGAGAAUGUCCGGAGGAGAACGCAGAAGUUUGUGGAAGAUGCCAAGCUCUUUGGGAUCCAGAGUUUCUGCAAGGACCUUGUGGAGGUAGCAGAUAUCUUGGAGAAGACUGCUGAGAGUGCCGCAGAAGAAGCGGAGCCUAGUAAUCCAAGUCCAACCCUGAAGAAAAUCUACGAAGGCCUCUCUCUCAUAGAGGCCAAAUUGCAAAGUGUAUUUGCCAAACACGGCCUUCAGAAGAUGAACCCUGUUGGUGGCAAAUACGAUCCAUAUGACCAUGAAAUAGUCUGCCACGUACCAGCUGAGGGAGUGCAGCCGGGCACGAUAGCACUGGUGACUCAGGAUGGCUACAAACUCCACGGUCGCACUAUCAGACAUGCACUCGUUGGCGUGGCGGUGGAGUCACAGGAAUGACAUGGGGUUAUCCGUUGGCAUCUGGGACCUUACUGAGCUGAGGACUUCUUAGCACUCAGCCGCAACCGCAGCAGCAUGUCUUUCCUUAUUUAUUAAGCUUGGUUUGUAUUGUAUGUUGGCUUCUUUAUAAUGUGUGCGGUCAUUUUGCCAUUAUUCCAAGGUACUUGUAUAU